AUGGCGGCGGUCGGAACACUUCCCGGCGCCGCCGCAGUCGCUGGCGCUUCUGUGCCCCAACGCCAACGCCGCGGCGGUGCCCCUUCUUUCGUAGCCGCCUACGUUCCCGAGGGCACCCGCCUCGUCUGCGAGAGGCAGCUCCGUCCGGCUCCGGUCCUCGCCUGUUCCUCCAUCCCCCCGUCUCGUCCAGCGAGGCGGCGGUUCCUCUCCGCUGCUGCGGCCGCAGCCUCCUCGGGUUCCGCUGGAGAAGCAGAGCCCCAGGGAUUUGCAGAGAGAUACCCAACCCUUGUCACAGGUUUCUUCUUCUUCUUGUGGUAUUUUCUGAAUGUAAUAUUUAACAUCCUCAACAAGAAGAUCUUCGACUACUUCCCCUAUCCAUAUUUGUAUCAGUGA